AAAGCCAAAGGCCUGAUGCCUUUUUGUCAACACCAAAAAGAAGGAACAGCAUGACGUCCACUGCGCAUGCUCGGAGCGCAGACGGUGGAAGCCAUGUUGGAGCUACAGUGGAUUCGGGCUGGGAUUUUUGACGCCGUAUGCUUUUCUUAAACUUCCAGUUCUCACAAUUCCUCGGGGUUCGUCAAUCGUACGCGAUUGGAAACAAUGAACGCCAGUGUCGACCUGUCCCGGCGGAAUCCGCAGGAGGAUUUCGAGCUGAUCCAGAGGAUUGGAAGCGGCACGUACGGAGAUGUGUACAAGGCUCGGAAUGUAAACACAGGUGAGCUGGCUGCUAUCAAAGUCAUCAAACUGGAACCGGGUGAGGACUUUGCUGUCGUCCAGCAGGAGAUCUUGAUGAUGAAGGACUGCAAGCACUCUAACAUUGUUGCCUAUUUUGGCAGUUAUCUCCGGAGAGAUAAGUUAUGGAUCAGCAUGGAGUACUGUGGAGGAGGUUCUCUGCAGGAUAUUUAUCAUGUAACUGGGCCUUUGUCAGAGUCUCAGAUAGCGUACAUGUCACGGGAGACCCUGCAGGGUUUAUAUUACCUACACAUUAAAGGCAAAAUGCACAGAGACAUCAAGGGAGCUAACAUCCUCCUGACAGACAAUGGCUAUGUUAAAUUAGCUGAUUUUGGGGUAUCAGCCCAGAUCACAGCAACUCUUGCCAAAAGGAAGUCAUUCAUUGGAACACCUUACUGGAUGGCUCCAGAGGUAGCAGCAGUUGAGAGGAAGGGGGGCUACAAUCAGCUGUGUGAUAUCUGGGCAGUGGGUAUUACUGCAAUAGAGCUGGCAGAACUGCAGCCACCCAUGUUUGACCUGCACCCCAUGAGGGCUCUGUUCUUAAUGACCAAGAGUAACUUUCAGCCUCCGAAGUUGAAAGAUAAAGUCAAAUGGACAAAUAAUUUCCACCAUUUUGUCAAGCUAGCUCUAACCAAGAACACAAAGAAGAGGCCCACAGCGGAGAAACUGCUGCAGCAUCCGUUUGUGUCGCAGCCUCUCAGCAGGACGCUUGCCAUCGAGCUGCUAGACAAAGCCAACAACCCUGACCACAGCACAUUCAACGACUUGGACGAUGACGACCCUGAACCUGAGUCUCCGGUCUCUGUCCCCCAUCGUAUCCGUUCCACAAGCAGGAGCACCAGAGAAGGAAAGACACUGUCCGAGAUUAACUUUGGACAGGUGAAGUUCGAUCCCAUUUUGAGAAAGGAGACAGAACCUCAUCAUGAGCCGUGUGAUUCUGAGCCCUAUCUGGACUGUGUUGAGGAGCUCUACUAUACCGCGAGAUCUAAUCUGGAUUUGCAGUUGGAGUAUGGCCACAAUUCAUCAAAUCUGUUGGGAGAAAAUAAGAGUCUUCUUAAAUCUGUUGAGGAGGAGCUUCAGCAGAGGGGCCAUGUGGCACACUUAGGGGAUGAUGAUGAUGAGGAUGAUGAUGGUGCAGAUGAUGAUGAAACUCACACUCAUAGAUCAAGUACUAUAAAGAGGCCCAAAGACCCACCCCCACUCCCACCUAAGCCGAAGUCCAUCACCUCGUCUAAACAGCAGCCGCCACCUAAACAAGAUGAUGGUCAGUCACACCACGAGGACGACAGUGGAGGAGGUACCAUCAAGCGCUGUCCGGUCCCGGAGACGCCGAGCCCCGCCAAGCCUGCCUCUAAUGUCCCCCCAAGGCCUCCGCCCCCGAAGCUGCCGCCCCACCGCCGCAGUAGCCUAGGUAAUGGGCUGAACUCUCCCCACAAUGGUGAGAGGGAAAGUCCAGGAGAGAGGCAGUCCACCAUGCCCCCUAGUGUCCCCACGCGGAAAGAGAAGAAGGACGUUCCGAAGCCUAUCAGUAAUGGCCUCCCACCAACACCCAAAGUCCAUAUGGGUGCAUGUUUCUCCAAGGUGUUCAACGGCUGUCCACUGAAGAUCCACUGUGCCACUUCAUGGAUCAAUCCUGACACCAGAGAUCAAUAUUUAAUAUUUGGAGCUGAAGAAGGAAUCUACACGUUAAACCUUAAUGAGCUUCAUGAGACAACAAUGGAACAGCUCUUCCCUCGGAGGUGUACGUGGCUUUAUGUCAUGAACAACUGUCUUCUUUCUAUAUCUGGAAAAGCUUCUCAGUUGUACUCCCACAGUCUGAGCGGUCUCUUUGAGCAGGCUCGACAGUUACAGAAGUUACCAGUAGCCAUUCCCACACACAAACUCCCCGAUAAGAUAAUUCCAAGGAAGUUUGCUGUGUCCAAUAAGAUUCCAGAAACUAAAGGGUGCCAAAAGUGCUGCGUUGUCCGUAACCCGUAUACAGGCCAUAAAUACCUGUGUGGAGCCUUCCAGUCUAGUGUCAUGCUGCUGGAGUGGGUGGAGUCCAUGCAGAAGUUUAUGCUCAUUAAGUCCAUUGAUUUCCCUUUGCCAUGUCCACUGGAGGUCUUUGAGAUGUUGGUGGUCCCUGAGCAAACCUACCCUCUCAUCUGCGUAGCGGUCAGCAAAGGAACCGAGCUCAGCCAGGUGGUCCGAUUCUGCACCGUCAACCCCAACGCUACCUCCUCCUGGUUUACGGAGUCAGACACGCCACAGACAUGUGUGAUCCACGUCACUCAGCUGGAGAGAGACACCAUCCUAGUCUGCCUCGACAGAUGUAUAAAGAUAGUGAACCUCCAAGGGCGACUGAAAUCCAGCAGGAAGUUAUCAGCCGAGCUCACCUUCAACUUUCAGAUUGAAUCUAUAGUUUGUCUUCAGGACAGUGUGCUGGCCUUCUGGAGGCACGGCAUGCAGGGAAGGAGUUUUAAGACCAACGAGAUCACUCAAGAAAUCUCUGACAAUACACGAAACUUCAGACUGCUGGGAUCAGACAGAGUGGUGGUGCUGGAGAGCCGGCCAAUAGACAACCCUACGGCCCACAGCAACCUCUACAUCCUGGCGGGACACGAGAACAGCUACUGAGCCCCCAACGUGCAUGUUACUAAGGAAACACCCCGUCGCUCUGCAGACAACGGACGUACGAGCUGGUGGUUCAUCCCAAGCCUGCACAUUUCCCUGGCCAGCCUCCACCUCCUUGUCUGACC